AUUAAUCUACAAAACUAACUCUCUCCCUCUCUCUCUCUCUCUCUCUGUGCGUGUGUGUUAACUGUUAAGGAAGAAAGAAACAGAAAGCUGAUCGAUGAGGACAAGCUGUAACGCCUGCAGAGUCCUCCGGAAAGGAUGCAGCGACGACUGCUGUUUCAGACCCUGCCUUCACUGGAUCAAAUCCUCCGAUUCUCAAUCUAACGCCACCAUCUUCCUCGCCAAAUUCUACGGCCGCGCCGGCCUCCUCAACCUCAUCAAUGCUGGCCCCGACCACCUCCGCCCUGCUAUUUUUCGGUCACUGCUAUACGACGCAUGUGGACGGAUCAUCAACCCGGUAUCCGGUUCAGUCGGAUUAUUGUGCUCCAACAAUUGGGACAAAUGCCAAGCCGCCGUCGACUCGGUCCUCAGUGGCUCUACUCUCAAACAAGUCAAUGAAUUGACGGCGGCUCAGCCAAGUAUGCCUUUCAAGGGGUGCGACAUACGCCACCUCACCAAGGGCUCCAAUGAGAUCCACCGGGUUCAGACCCAGACCCGGUUCAAGCGCUCGGGUGGACGCGGCCGUACCAAGAGCCGGCACGCGUCAGUCGACGAGGUGAUGGCCGAGUCGACCCGGUUCUCGAUAUCUGGGCGGGCGGGUAAUUACCCGGAGGAGAGGGAUGUGGAUCCGAGUCAUGACUCGUCCACCUUGUUCUCGGCUGAAACCGUUGAGGCCUCGCUGGCGAAUCGGGUUGUGAAGUACGAGUGCCAAGUUGUGGAGAGUGAGGUGGAAUUGGAGCUUUGUUUGAGUUGCAAUCCGGUGUUGCUUAACCACCUGCCUCCGGUGAAAGAGCAGCAGACAGUCAUUGACGUCUCUGAUGGUGACGCGUAAGAUCAAGUUGGGAUUUUUUUUUUUUUGGGGGUAAUUCGUAAGAUCAAGUUGUUGCUGCCAUGGAACUGUUUUGGAUUCGAUUUAAAGUUUUAGUCCUGUUUUUUUGUUGUUUUUGAUGUUGUUCUUUUGGAGUUGGGUUUUUGAAAUAGUGUUGGAGGAAUGAUAUGUACACACACACCGAAUUCAUAUCCGACCACGCCCCUCUCAUAUACACAUGAGCUUCAUAUGUGGAGCCAACGUGUGUAUGAAAGUGGUGUGAUUGGAUCUAUGGUCGGUCAAUUCCAAUUAUUAUGGAACUUUAGAUAAGGGAUGGACCUUAUGAUGAUGCAUUAAUGCAGUAAAUUCCAGCCUCACGUGAUUGAAAUA